CUUCUGAGCAGGGGCAGGAGAGAAGGCACCAGGGCCAGCAGGAAGCUCUGAGGCCCGAGGGCACCGCAGUGCCCUGUGGCCCCUGCACUGUUGACUCAGCCCCUCAGCACUUCCCUUUUCUGCACUAAGCACCAGGCCCUGGGUGGCCCUUCCCCUCCCCCACCUCCUCACUGCUAGUGGAGAGGCAGGUCGGGAAGCCUCAGAGCCAGUGGUCUUUCGGGGCCUCUGCUCCUGGCCUGCAGGAGUGGAGGGGAGGCCCAGAGACCUGGGCUGGCUUUGGGGAAGCUCGGGAGGUCAGGGACAAGGCCUUGGCCCGCGGGGCCCUUGGGUAGUGGGAGACUGGAGAGCUGAGAUGGGGACAGCCCUUCACUAGGGCUGGGAGAGAGGUGGAGGGAUGUGAGAAGGGACUUUCUGGGGUGACAGAGAUUGGCUGUGAAGAAGCCAGCGGUCCCAGGUUCUGUCUCUGGAGGGAGGUAGGGGAGGAGUAAAAGUUAGACUGCAAGAGAGAUUUUUCUGUCCGGUGUCCGGAGCAACUGGCCAAGCUUACUCCCUUAGGAUGCCCAGGGGAGGGGUAACCCAGGGAAACCAGGCCUUGCUGCCUGCAGGUCAUCGGGGGGCACGCAGCCUCCUCCUUGGCUGCGUGUUGAGGGAAGAGUUAGGGUCUGGGAGCCUGACCUCUGGGCUGGAGGUGGCAAUGGGGGCAUUGUACCCUCUUCAGCCAGUCUGCUAGGGGCCCUCCUGCCCGCCCAUUCCUACCCCCCCCUCCCGUGACAGCCACAGAGACAGCGGCUCCAACACCGGUUGUCAUGGUUAUGAGAGGAGCUAACUCCCGUAGAUUGGAAAGCGCUGGUGAGCUGGCACCCUCCGCUUCGCCUGCUCUCCCUUCCUCUCUGCGCAUCUUCCCCCGGCACGGGAGGAGAGAGUACAGCAGCUCGGGGGCGAGCAGAGCUGGGGCUGGGAGGUGGAGUGAGGACGCCGAGACCUAAGCCAGGGAGAUGAGCGGCAACAGGAGGCAGCCCAGCCGCAGGGGCCAGACCCGGGAGAAGGAGAAGAUGAAGGAAGCCAAGGAUGCCCGCUACACCAAUGGGCACCUCUUCACCACCAUCUCCGUGUCGGGCAUGACCAUGUGCUAUGCCUGUAACAAGAGCAUCACAGCCAAGGAGGCCCUCAUCUGCCCGACCUGCAAUGUGACUAUCCACAACCGCUGUAAAGACACCCUCGCCAACUGUACCAAGGUCAAGCAGAAGCAACAGAAAGCUGCCCUGCUGAAGAACAACACUGCCUUGCAGUCUGUGUCUCUCCGCAGUAAGACCACCAUCCGAGAGCGGCCCAGCUCUGCCAUCUACCCCUCGGACAGCUUCCGGCAGUCCCUCCUUGGCUCCCGCCGCGGCCGCACCUCCCUGUCCUUAGCCAAGAGCGUGUCCACCACCAAUAUUGCUGGCCAUUUCAACGAUGAGUCUCCCCUGGGGCUGCGCCGCAUCCUCUCGCAGUCCACGGACUCCCUCAACGUGCGGAACCGGACGCUGUCGGUGGAAUCCCUCAUUGACGAAGGUGCAGAGGUGAUCUACAAUGAGCUGAUGAGUGACUUUGAGAUGGACGAGAAGGACUUCGCAGCUGAUUCCUGGAGCCUGGCCGUGGACGGCAGCUUCCUGCAGCAGCACAAAAAGGAGGUGAUGAAGCAGCAGGAUGUCAUCUAUGAGCUAAUCCAGACAGAGCUGCACCACGUGAGGACGCUGAAGAUCAUGACCCGCCUCUUCCGCACGGGGAUGCUGGAAGAGCUGCAGCUGGAGCCCGGAGUGGUCCAGGGCCUGUUCCCCUGCGUGGACGAGCUGAGCGACAUCCACACGCGCUUCCUCAGCCAGCUGCUGGAGCGCCGCCGCCAGGCCCUGUGCCCUGGAAGCACCCGCAACUUCGUCAUCCACCGCCUGGGUGACCUGCUCAUCAACCAGUUCUCCGGCCCCAGCGCGGAGCAGAUGCGGAAGACCUACUCGGAGUUCUGCAGCCGCCACACCAAGGCCUUGAAGCUCUAUAAGGAGCUGUAUGCCCGGGACAAACGCUUCCAGCAGUUCAUCCGGAAAGUGACCCGCUCUGCGGUGCUAAAGCGGCAUGGGGUGCAGGAGUGCAUCCUACUGGUGACUCAGCGCAUCACCAAGUACCCGGUGCUCAUCAGCCGCAUCCUGCAGCACGCCCACGGAGUGGAGGAGGAGCGCCAGGACCUGACGACCGCGCUGGGGCUGGUGAAGGAGCUGCUGUCCAACGUGGACCAGGAUGUGCACGAGCUGGAGAAAGGGGCCCGGCUGCAGGAGAUCUACAACCGCAUGGACCCCCGCGCCCAGGCCCCGGUGCCUGGCAAGGGCCCCUUCGGCCGAGAGGAGCUUCUGCGGCGCAAGCUCAUCCACGACGGCUGCCUGCUCUGGAAGACGGCAACGGGGCGUUUCAAAGACGUGCUGCUGCUGCUCAUGACCGACGUGCUGGUGUUCCUCCAGGAGAAGGACCAGAAGUACAUCUUCCCCGCCCUGGACAAGUCGUCAGUGGUGUCCCUGCAGAAUCUGAUUGUCCGGGACAUCGCCAACCAGGAGAAAGGCAUGUUUCUGAUCAGCGCGGCCCCUCCUGAGAUGUACGAGGUGCACACCGCGUCCCGGGACGACCGGAGCACCUGGAUCCGCGUCAUCCAGCAGAGCGUGCGCGUAUGCCCCUCCAGGGAGGACUUCCCCCUGAUUGAGACGGAAGACGAGGCUUACCUACGGCGAAUCAAGAUGGAGCUGCAACAGAAGGACCGGGCGCUGGUGGAGCUGCUACAGGAGAAGGUUGGACUGUUUGCCGAGAUGACGCACUUCCAGGCCGAGGAGGAUGGCGGGAGCGGGAUGCCCCUGCCCACCCUGCCCAGGGGCCUCUUCCGCUCCGAGUCCCUCGAGUCCCCUCGAGGCGAGCGGCUGCUGCAGGAUGCCAUCCGAGAGGUGGAGGGCCUGAAGGACCUGCUCGUGGGGCCUGGAGUGGAGCAGCUCUGGACGCCUCGGGAACCCACCCUGCCCUUGGAACCAGACAGCGGUGGUAACACGAGCCCUGGGGUCACUGCCAACGGUGAGGCCAGGACCUUCAACGGCUCCAUUGAGCUCUGCAGAGCCGACUCGGACUCCAGCCAGAAGGAUCGAAAUGGAAACCAGCUGAGAGCUCCCCAGGAGGAGGUGUUACAGCGACUGGUCAACCUCUACGGACUCCUGCAUGGCCUCCAGGCAGCUGUGGCUCAGCAAGACACCCUGAUGGAAGCCCGGUUCCCCGAGGGCCCUGAGCGGCGGGAGAAGCUGUCCCGAGCCAACUCGCGGGAUGGGGACGCCGGCAGGGCCGGGGCUGGCCCUGUGGCUCCUGAGAAGCAGGCCACGGAACUGGCGCUGCUGCAGCGGCAGCACGCAUUGCUGCAGGAGGAGCUGCGGCGCUGCCGGCGCCUGGGGGAGGAGCGGGCGACCGAGGCUGGCAGCCUAGAAGCCCGGCUCCGCGAGAGCGAGCAGGCCCGGGCCCUGCUGGAGCGGGAGGCUGAGGAGGCCCGCAGGCAGCUGGCCGCCCUGGGCCACACAGAGCCGCUCCCGGUGGAGGCGCCCUGGGCCCGUAGGCCCCUGGAUCCCCGGCGGCGCAGCCUCCCUGCGGGAGACGCCCUGUACUUGAGCUUCACCCCACCACAGCCCAACCGAGGCCACGACCGCCUGGACCUGCCCGUGACCAUCCGCUCCGUACAUCGACCCUUUGAGGACCGAGAGAGGCAGGAGCUAGGUAGCCCUGAGGAGCGGCUGCAGGACAGCAGUGACGCUGACACCGGCAGUGAGGAAGAAGGAAGCAGCCGGCUGUCUCCACCCCACAGUCCCCGAGACUUCACCCGAAUGCAGGACAUCCCGGAGGAGACGGAGAGCCGCGAUGGGGAGCCUAUAGCUUCUGAGAGCUAAGGACGCCCUCCCCGCUGCCCUGUGCCCCACUGGAGACUGCUGGGGGCCACACUCGGGAACUCCACUCUGCCAAUGACGAGGGAACAUUGCAAAGAACUGUUGACUGUCCUUGCCAGCUUCCGGGCUCCUUGGAUACCUGGGGCCAUUUAGGAAGCCGGGAGUCGGGGGGAUAUUAGGCCACGGUCCCCACGGGGGGCAUCCGGAAGCUAUACCACAGAUGCCAACUUUUCAUGCCUUCUUCCCUCUACUUUAGGAAAAUUUAUUUAUUUAUUGUUUAUUAGUUAUUGGGGGGGAGAGGGGAAAUUUAAAGGACCAGGGACAUGGGAACCAAGCCAUAGGGGUCGGGGGCCUUGUCCUUUAACACUACCGGGGUGAAACCAGGCUUAACCACGCCGUACGCCCCACCCGCUCCCCCGUCUGAGGAGGGGCUGCAGCUGCAGGACCCUGCGGCCCCCUCAGGGGGCUCGGGGUGGGGCCGUGGCCUGCUCCCUCUCCCUCUCCCCACAACCUCAUACUGCUGAUCCCCCUCUCCCCGCCCCCCCGCGGAAGUCCCAGGGAGACCCUCCGGCUUACUGGGGCCCCUGGACUAGAGACUGGGUGGCCCUCGUGGUUUGUGGGGUGGGGGGAGGGAAACCCACAGGGACCAGAAUGUUUGUUGUUCUGUUCUUUUCUUUUUUUUGUACCAAAGCCGGCUGCACGUGUUCUAUAUUUUUAAGAGAAGAAUGUAGGCAAUUAGGGACUGUAGCCUUCCAGCUGCACAUCUGUGAACCUGGGGAGGGGGUACACAGUGACUGCUCCCCACGCCUGCAGCAAUGGGCACCCAUCUGACCUCUCCCCCAGCCUCCUGGGGAAAAGUUCAAGGUGGGGUCGGGGAAUCGCCACGAACCCUUGGCCUCAUCUCCCACCUCAGCAACCGUGCCCUGAAACCUCAGCGUGAAUUUGGGGUUUUCUCAUCAGACCCCAGUGCCCACCAGCUCCAGUCAUUUUUCUGCCAAUUUGAUUGUUAAGGAAAAAAAAAUCAGGGAAAAUUAAAGACCUGGAACCCCA